ACUUGACGCAACAUAUUCGUGGUGCAAGAUCAGUAUUAAUAGAUGCGAACCCUUCAAUCUGCAGAUGUAGAUUUGGAAAAAAGGAAGUAGGGCUUGCAUAGUUGAAUUCCUUCGGCUACCUCAAACCAUGGCCGACCCUGCCGGAUUCGUCUCCAUUACAAAGCCAAUCACCCAUGUCAUUUUCGACAUGGAUGGUCUUUUACUAGACACAGAGAAGUUCUGUAAUGAAGUCCAGGAGAUCAUACUUGGUAGAUACAACAAAAGCUUUAACUGGAACGUGAAGGUGAAGAUGUUGGGGAAGAAAGCAUUGGAGGCUGCAAGGAUCUUUGUUGAGGAAACAGGAAUUAGUGAAUUUCUGAGUGCUGAGCAGUUCCUGAUUGAUAGGGAGGACAUGCUGCAGGUUUUGUUUCCCAAAAGUGAGCUUAUGCCAGGUGCUGGUCGUCUAAUGAGGCAUUUACAUGCCAAAGGAAUUCCAAUUUGUUUGGCAACAAGUUCUCACAAGCGACACUUUGAAAUAAAAACUCAAAGACAUCGAGAACUAUUUUCUCUGUUGCAUCAUGUUGUUCUUGGCGAUGACUUUGAAGUUAAGCAUGGCAAGCCUUCCCCAGAUAUAUUUCUUGCAGCAGCCAAGAGAUUUGAGGAUGGACCGAUAGAUCCUGGUAACAUUCUCGUUUUUGAAGAUUCACCCUCUGGAGUUCUUGCAGCUAAGAGAGCAGGAAUGUCUGUUGCUAUGGUCCCUGAUCCAAGGCUGGACAAAGGUUUUCAGAAGUUAGCAGAUCAAGUUUUUAACUCACUAUUGGACUUCAACCCAGUGGAGUGGGGUUUGCCUCCCUUUUGAAGAUACCAAUGGAAGAUGGAUGAACUUGGAAUUCUGUUACUGUUUUGCUUCAGUCACAGAAUGUUUCAUAUGGUUUUUAGAACUACUUUUAUGAGUUAAUCUGUUUUUUGUUGAAUAAUUGGACCCCUGUUGACUAUCCCUUGCACAUUGUGUUCGUGGAAAGAUGUUCAACGGUAAGUGGGUCUCAAAUGUUGCCACUUCAAAAUUUCCGCUUUAUGUUCUGUGCUCGUGUUUUUUCUCUUCUUAAGAAUUCCAUCCUAAAAUUUUUGUGUUCAAUUCUGCAUAA